CCACCCACUACUCCCACUCCCACUUCGCUCCACUCCACGCUUCCCCCAUGACUCCCCUGCUCCUCCUCCUCCUCGCCCUCGCCGCCGGCGCCGGCGCCGCCUCCUUCCCCGCCGACUUCGCCAACCUCUUCGCCGCCAAGGCCGCGCUCUCCGACCCGUCCUCCGCGCUCGCCGCGUGGGACCCUGGCCUGUCCCCGUCCCUCUCCCCGUGCCGAUGGCCGCACCUCCUCUGCUCCAACCCGUCGUCCUCCUCCUCCGCCGCCAUCGCCGCCGUGCUCCUCUCCAACCUCUCCCUCGCCGGCGAGUUCCCGGCGCCGCUGUGCGAGCUCCGGUCGCUGGCGCUGCUCGACCUGUCGUACAAUGACCUCACCGGGCCGUUGCCCGGCUGCCUCGCCGCGAUGCCGUCGCUGAGGCACCUUGAUCUCGCCGGGAAUGGGUUCUCCGGCGAGGUCCCGAGGAGCUACGGCGCGGGGUUCCCGUCUCUCUUGACGCUCAGCCUGGCCGGGAACGAGCUGUCCGGCGAGCUCCCGGCGUUCUUGGCGAACGUGAGCGCCCUCGAGGAGCUCCUCCUCGCGUACAACCAGUUCGCGCCGUCGCCGUUGCCGGAGACGUUCACCGGAAUCCGGAGGCUACAGGUGCUGUGGCUGGCCGGGUGCAACCUCGUCGGAGAUAUCCCGCCGUCGAUCGGGAGCCUGAAGAGCCUCGUCAACCUCGACCUCUCGACGAACAACCUCACCGGCGAGAUCCCGAGCAGCAUCGGAGGGUUGGAGAGCGUCGUCCAGCUCGAGCUCUACUCGAACCAGCUCACCGGGAGCUUGCCGGAGGGGAUGUCGGCGCUCAAGAAGCUGCGGUUCUUCGACGCCGCCAUGAACCAGCUCUCCGGCGAGAUACCGGCCGACCUGUUCCUCGCACCGAGGCUGGAGAGCCUCCACCUGUACCAGAACGAGCUUACCGGACGCGUGCCGGCGACGGUGGCCGACGCGGCGGCGCUCAACGACCUCAGGCUGUUCACCAACCGGCUGGUCGGGGAGUUGCCGCCGGAGUUCGGGAAGAAGAGCCCGCUUGAGUUCUUGGACUUGUCGGACAACCGUAUCUCCGGCGAGAUUCCGGCGACGCUGUGCAGCGCCGGGAAGCUGGAGCAGCUUCUCAUGCUGAACAACGAGCUCGUCGGCCCGAUUCCGGCGGAGCUGGGGCAAUGCCGGACGCUGACGCGGGUGCGGCUGCCGAACAACCGGCUCUCCGGCGCCGUGCCGCCGGACAUGUGGGGCCUUCCGCACCUGUACCUGCUGGAGCUCGCCGGGAACGCCCUGUCCGGCGCCGUCGCGCCCGCCAUUGCCACGGCGAGGAACCUGUCGCAGCUGCUGAUAUCUGACAACCGCUUCGCCGGCGCGCUGCCGCCGGAGCUAGGCAGCUUGCCGAACCUGUUCGAGCUGUCGGCUUCCAACAACGUGUUCUCCGGGCCAUUGCCGGCGUCGUUGACCGUGGUCACCACGCUCGGCCGGCUUGAUUUGAGGAACAACUCGCUCUCCGGCGAGCUGCCGCGAGGUGUUCGACGGUGGCAGAAGCUGACGCAGCUCGACCUCGCCGACAACCGCCUCACCGGAAACAUCCCCGCCGAGCUCGGCGAUCUGCCGGUGCUCAACUCGCUCGACCUGUCGAACAACGAGCUCACCGGCGGCGUGCCGGUGCAACUCGAGAACCUUAAGCUGAGCCUGCUCAACCUGUCGAACAACCGGCUCGCCGGCGUCCUGCCUCCUCUGUUCGCCGGCGAGAUGUACAAGGACAGCUUCCUUGGCAAUCCGGGGCUGUGCACCGGCGGUUCGUGCUCGAGCGGCCGCAGAGCCCGCGCCGGCCGCCGCGGCCUUGUCGGGAGCGUCACCGUCGCCGUCGCCGGCGUCAUCCUGCUGCUCGGCGCCGCGUGGUUCGCCCACAGGUACAGGAGUCAAAGGAGGUGGAGCACGGAGGACGCCGCCGGCGAGAAGUCGAGGUGGGUGGUCACGUCGUUCCACAAGGCGGAGUUCGACGAGGAGGACAUCCUGAGCUGCCUCGACGACGAGGACAACGUGGUCGGCACGGGCGCAGCGGGCAAGGUGUACAAGGCCGUCCUCGGGAACGGCGCCCGCGGCGGCGACGACGGCGCCGUCGUCGCCGUCAAGAAGCUCUGGGCUAACGGCGGCGCGGCGAAGAAGGCGGCGGCCAUGGAAGCCGGCGGCGGCGGCGGCGGCGGCGGCAAGGACACGUUCGAGGCGGAGGUGGCGACGCUGGGGAGGAUACGGCACAAGAACAUCGUGAAGCUGUGGUGCAGCCUCAGCAGCGGCGACCGGCGGCUGCUCGUCUACGAGUACAUGCCCAACGGCAGCCUCGGCGACCUCCUCCACGGCGGCAAGGGCGGCCUCCUCGACUGGCCGGCGCGGCACCGCAUCAUGGUCGACGCCGCCGAGGGUCUCUCCUACCUCCACCACGACUGCGCACCGCCGAUCGUGCACCGCGACGUCAAGUCCAAUAACAUCCUCCUCGACGCCGACCUCCGCGCCAAGGUCGCCGACUUCGGCGUCGCCAGGGCCGUCUCCGCCGCGCCGCCCACCGCCGUGUCCGCCAUCGCCGGCUCCUGCGGCUACAUUGCCCCCGAGUACUCGUACACGCUGCGUAUCACGGAGAAGAGCGACGUGUACAGCUUCGGCGUGGUGAUGCUGGAGCUCCUCACCGGCAAGGCGCCGGCGGGGCCGGAGCUCGGGGAGAAGGACCUCGUCAGGUGGGUGUGCGGCUGCGUCGAGCGCGACGGCGUCGACCGCGUGCUCGACGCGAGGCUCGCCGGCGCGCCGCGCGACGAGACGCGGAGGGCGCUCAACGUCGCGCUGCUCUGCGCGUCCAGCCUCCCGAUCAACCGCCCGUCGAUGAGGUCCGUCGUGAAGCUGCUGCUGGAGCUCCGGCCGGAGAGCAAGGAGAAGGCCAUGGCGGAGGAGAAGCCUCUCCUCGUUUGAUCACACAAAGCCAGCACUGAUGAACACACUGAACAGUAGUACCUCACUUUAAUUAGCAAUUAGCAUAAUCACUCGCUUCAAAAAUCAGUUAGCAUAAUCACAUUAACAAUCAGUAGUAAUUAAUGUACUCAAGUACCCAGCAUUAAGGUUGAAGCCUCAAGCAUGCAAUGUAAGCUAGAACUACUUAAGUAAAGGUCCUCUAUGUAUAGCUCAUUCUAGUAUUUUCAUGGGUUAAUGUACUACUACCAGUUUGUCUAAAGUAUCAAUGCCAACAAGGAUUUGGUUUAAGCUA